UCCGUCGGCUGCGCUCGGUCGCCCUGCAGCCAAGCAGCGCUGAGCCGGGAAGUGUCCGUGUCCGGGGAUCGGGAUGUCCCUCUUCUUCCUCUGGCUAGUAUCCUAUUAUGUUGGAACGUUGGGAACUCACACUGAGAUCAAGAGAGUGGCAGAGGAAAAGGUUACCUUGCCCUGUCACCAUCAGCUGGGGCUUCCAGAGAAAGACACCCUGGACAUUGAAUGGCUGCUCACGGAUAAUGAAGGGAACCAAAAAGUGGUUAUCACUUACUCCAGUCGCCACGUCUACAAUAACUUGACUGAGGAACAGAGGGGCCGAGUGGCCUUUGCUUCCAACUUCCUAGCAGGAGAUGCCUCCCUGCAGAUCGAGCCUCUCAAGCCGAGUGAUGAAGGCCGAUACACCUGCAAGGUGAAGAACUCAGGACGCUAUGUUUGGAGCCACGUCAUCCUAAAAGUCCUAGUGAAACCAUCCAAGCCCAAGUGUGAGCUGGAAGGGGAGCUGACAGAGGGCAGCGACCUGACGCUGCAGUGUGAGUCGGCCUCAGGCACGAAGCCCAUUGUGUAUUACUGGCAGCGGAUCCGGGAGAAGGAGGGAGAGGAUGAACACCUGCCGCCCAGAUCUAGAGUUGAUUACAACAACCCCGGCCGAGUGCUGCUGCAGAAUCUCACCAUGGCCUCCUCUGGGCUCUACCAGUGCACAGCAGGCAACGAGGCUGGGAAGGAGAGCUGUGUGGUGCGAGUGACUGUACAGUACGUGCAAAGCAUCGGCAUGGUAGCAGGAGCAGUGACGGGCAUCGUGGCCGGGGCCUUCCUCAUUUUCCUCUUGAUCUGGCUGCUAAUCCGAAGGAAAAGCAAAGAGAGAUAUGAGGAAGAGGAGAGACCUAAUGAGAUUCGAGAAGAUGCAGAAGCCCCCAGAGCCCGCCUGGUGAAGCCUAGCUCCUCUUCCUCGGGCUCCCGCAGCUCCCGCUCUGGCUCUUCCUCCACCCGCUCCACAGGGAAUAGCGCCUCGAGGAGCCAGAGGACACUGUCCAGUGAAGCCGCGCCCCAGCCGGGUUUAGCCACCCAGGCCUACAGCCUCAUAGGACCAGAAGCAAGAGGUUCUGAACCAAAGAAAGUGCACCACACGACCCUGACCAAAGCAGAAACCACACUCAGCACAAUCCCCAGCCAGAGCAAAGCCUUCCAAACUGUCUGAAUCACAGUGGACUUGACUUGCGCUUUUUCCGGAAGUCAGGAUCUUAGCCUAGCCACUGGAGCUCCUUCACCAGCCACACAAGCCCCUCAGCCAGAUAACAACUCACUUAAGUAGCUGCAGACGAAGUGGCAUGGACCAGUUCUGAUAAGCACCUUCCUUAUAGGACACCAAACAAUGGACGUAGGCAGGUCAUCUCUAUAAAGGCGCCUCAUCGUGCCUUCGGAGCAGAGGUGGAGGGAAGGAGGGGCCCAAACCUAUUUUGCUCACCAGAACUUGUGGUGAAAAUAAGGGAGAGGUGAGGUGGCAUACACCUGAAACAUCUUACAUAGAAGUGUUGCAGGUCACCACAGUCAAGAAGAAAGGGGAAUCUCAUAGGUCAAUUUCUAAUCAUUUCUGCAAAUGUAUCGGAUUAGCGUGAUUAUCCAGAUAGUCAAAACAGAAACCCACAGCCUUAUAUUACACCUCUCUGCAACAUGUAUGGGGACAACUGCUUCAAAGAAACUCACAUUAAAAAAAAAAAAACACUUUUUUUCUACCUUGACUUGACUUCAUGUAUCAUAAGGUUUGAACAUUAAUCUGGGGAGGUUUUGAAAUAGUGGGAAACAGAGAAAAGUGAUUUUCUCUUUCCUUAUCUACAACCAACCUUCAGAU